GAGUGCACGAGCAGCGCGCUCCCGCCGCCCGCGUCGCCAUCUUUUUCCCCCUCCGUCUGUCUGUCUGCCGCUGGCUUUGUCCGUCUGCAGCGCCGCCCCUCGGCUCCCCGCCGCCGGCUCGGCCUGGAGCCGCCCUCCGCCCGCCGGGGCCCAGUCCUGGAGAGCCCCGGCCCGGCCGGCCUGAGCUGCGGCCCGGGGCCCAUUGUCCGGCGGUCCGUCUGUCCGGAGGCGGGGCCCAGGGACCCGGAGCGCAGCGGAGCCGAGGCGCCGGAUACAAAUCACUUGGAUUCAGGCGAGUUUACUUUGCUCCGUGGGAACUGCACCAGAGCUGGAGGUUAGCACCUUGCAAGGAGGUAGUAACAUAUCCAGUCGUGAAACUGGGAAAGGCCAGAGCUCUCAGAUCUGGGAAACAUGUCCCGUCGGAAACAGACAAAUCCAAACAAAGUUCACUGGGAUCAAGUAUUUGCUGGGCUAGAAGAGCAAGCCCGCCAGGCGAUGAUGAAAACUGAUUUUCCUGGAGACCUUGGCAGUCAGCGACAAGCUAUCCAACAACUAAGAGAUCAGGACUCCAGUAGCAGUGACAGUGAGGGUGAUGAAGAGGAGACCACACAGGAUGAAGUCUCUUCCCACACGUCAGAGGAAGAUGGAGGGGUGGUCAAAGUGGAAAAAGAAUUAGAAAGCGCAGAGCAGCCUGUUGGUGGGAACGAAGUGGUAGAGCAUGAGAUCCCAGAGAAUCUGAAUUCUGACCCCUUGCUCGAACUCUGCCAGUGUCCCCUCUGCCAGCUGGACUGCGGGAGUCGGGAGCAGCUGAUUGCUCACGUGUACCAGCACACUGCAGCAGUGGUGAGUGCCAAGAGCUACAUGUGUCCUGUCUGUGGCCGGGCUCUUAGCUCCCCGGGGUCACUGGGUCGCCACCUCCUAAUCCACUCGGAGGACCAGAGGUCUAACUGUGCUGUGUGUGGAGCCCGUUUCACCAGCCAUGCCACUUUUAACAGUGAGAAACUUCCUGAAGUACUUAAUAUGGAAUCCCUACCCCAAGCCCACACUGAGGGCCCUUCCAGUGCGGAGGGGAAGGACAUUGCCUUCAGUCCUCCAGUGUACCCUGCUGGAAUUCUGCUUGUGUGCAACAACUGUGCCGCCUACCGGAAGCUACUAGAAGCCCAGACCCCCAGUGUACGCAAGUGGGCCCUACGUCGCCAGAAUGAGCCUUUGGAAGUACGGCUGCAGCGGCUGGAACGAGAGCGCACGGCCAAGAAGAGCCGGCGGGACAAUGAGACCCCCGAGGAGCGGGAGGUGAGGCGUAUGAGGGACCGUGAAGCCAAGCGCCUGCAGCGCAUGCAGGAGACAGAUGAGCAGCGGGCGCGCAGGCUGCAGCGGGAUCGGGAGGCCAUGAGGCUGAAGCGGGCCAACGAAACCCCAGAGAAGCGGCAGGCCCGACUCAUCCGAGAGCGAGAGGCCAAGCGGCUCAAGAGGAGGCUGGAGAAAAUGGACAUGAUGUUGCGAGCUCAGUUUGGCCAGGACCCUUCUGCCAUGGCAGCCUUAGCAGCUGAAAUGAACUUCUUCCAGCUACCUGUUAGUGGGGUGGAGUUGGACAGCCAGCUUCUGGGCAAGAUGGCCUUUGAAGAACAGAACAGCAGUUCUCUGCACUGAACCACACCCUCCUGCCUGCACCCCUGCCCGCCCACCAACCCUGGCCCACAAGGACCAGUGCUGCCGCCACCCAUAAGGCCCUGUCCUGCCGACACAGGCAGGCCCGGGUGUGUGGCAGGUGGACCCAUGCACCCCUUGCAUGUGGGAGCAGGAUGACGGACAGGGUCAGGAGGAACCUGGCCCUGGGCAGCUCUGGACAGGGAGCAGGUACUCCAGAGAACUGGACUUCCCAGCCCACCGCUGCAGGCCAUGCUCAUAGGACUGUGGGGCCCCAAUGUGGCCCAUGAAGUUGUGAGGGCAAAUAAAUUAAUUUUAUCUUA